GACGGGGGCGCUGCUGGCGCGACCUCUCCCAGGAACCAAAUAAGGAAAUGACGUCUCCGAGCAGAGACGUGGUCUCAAAUAGGAACUAAAGCACGAAGAGCAGAGGCAGCGUAACGAGCACAGAGGAGGCGGUGGGAGCUGCUGCUGGCACGCAGCGAGGAUGGGAGACAUAGUGGAGCACGAGCAGAGCUUCUACUCCAAUGCUGAGCACUACUGGAGAGAAAUUCCUCCCACAGUGGACGGGAUGCUUGGAGGCUACGGAAGCAUCUCCAGCAUCGAUAUCAAUGGAUCCAGGGCUUUUCUCCUGAAGUUCCUCGGUGAAGAAGAGGGGAAGACUGGCAAGGGCUGUGCUCUGGACUGUGGAGCGGGCAUCGGGAGGAUCACCAAGCGUUUGCUGUUGCCCCUGUUCCACACUGUGGAUCUGGUUGAUGUGACAAAGGAGUUCCUGGACAAAGCCAAAAGCUACCUGGGAGAAGACAGCAAGAGAGUGGGGAACUAUUUCUGCAGUGGCUUGCAGGACUUUGUGCCAGAGAGUGGACGCUACGAUGUCAUCUGGAUACAGUGGGUCAUUGGCCACCUGACAGACGACCAUCUGAUCAAGUUCCUGCAGCGCUGUCAGAAAGCGUUGCGGCCCAACGGCAUUAUUGUCAUCAAGGACAACGUGUCGUACGAGGGCGUGGUCCCCGACGAGGUGGACAGCAGCGUCUGCCGCGACCUGCAAAUCGUUCGCAAUCUAGUGGGUGAAGCAGGACUCCGCAUCAUCCAUGAGGAGCAACAAAUGAAUUUCCCAAAGGAGAUCUUCCAAGUCCACACGCUGGCUCUGAGAUAGAGCGUGUGACAGAGUGGACUGGCUGCUUUGUUUUGUUGGUGUGAUGGGACGGUAGACAGUGUGCUGCUCUGUGCUCACUGCCAGGCCAUCUGGGUCACUAGGCUGUAGGUUCUGGUUGGACAUAGGUCAGACAUCUGAAGAAGCCCCUGGAGCUCUGGGAAUCGAUGAUGGCAGUUUACAAUAUUGGAUUAAUCAAAUAAAUAUUGGGCAAGUAAUUAUUGUAUAUUAAAGUUUAGAUCUUUAUACAUAUACACAAGUGGUUCUUGCCAAAAAAGAAGAGAUGAAGGACACAGAAGGGAACACCAGCAUGUGCUUCAAGCAAAAUGCUUGCGAUCAUUAGCAUCUCAGCUAACAAGCACUAGCAACAUCACUGAUGCAUUCAGUAAACAGAGGAAUGAUUCACAAGUGGCUCAGUGAACCUUUACCUCAGGGAGACCAUGUACCCUUAUGGCCACCUAGUUUAACCUUCAUAUGUGUCCAGAAUUCCAUUUAUUACUUUUAAUUGAUCCACUGUAAAAUGACAUCAUAUUUGUUCUGGUUUUAGCUUCCUCAGCAGCUGCACUGGUUCAUCAAAUGGACACACUCCACAUACUUAAAUAUUGUUUUGAAGAUGUUUUUUAUGCAUAUGGGAUAUUAGUCCUGUUUGAUAUUCAUAUUGUUACUGAUUCAUAAAUUAAUUUACAAGAACAGCCUGGUGGACCUGAGACAGUUUGACAUUA